UGUAAUUUUUUUAUUUUUUUAUUAGAAUAAAAAUGAAAUCUGAAAAUUUCAAGUUUUAAUUCAAACUAAAUUAAUAGAUUCGAAGUCGGCUGCAGUUUUCAUGUUUAAGAAACUAUUAUUAAUUGUUUUAUCACCGGUUCAAUUGAUAUCUCGAUUAACUUUAAAUCCCAGAUUUCACAUAGUCAACCGAUGUCCAGCCAAUUGCUCGAUAUCCGGUCGUCAUCCAGUAUGAGGUCGUAUUAAUCAAGAAUGAAAUAAGUAGGAAGUCAUUCCUCUUAUUUUGUCCUUGUAACAGGACGAGUAAUGUGGAUCAGCGAAAAUAUAUCCUCCUAUUAACAAGAUUAAUAAACAGUUUGAAUGGAAAGUAUAAGUUUCAUUAAAGUAUAAAAUUACUAAUUAAAGACUGAAGAUGGACCUACCUAAAUUCACACCAAUAGUAUUUUUUAUUUUGAGUGUUAGCUAUUCAGAUGACAUUCAGCAUCCUCUUUGUAAUUUCAAUCCUUUAUGUACUUGUGCAAAAGCUGGACCAAAUCCUAAUCUAGUAAACUGCCAUCAAGUACCAUUAAUAAGUCUACCUCAAGAAUUAUACAAUAAAACAUUAUAUAUUCUUAGUCUUAAGUACAAUGGACUAAGAAUUUUAGAUGAAAAUAGAUAUUUUGAAAAAAGCUUGUGGAGAUUAGAAAUCCAAAAUAAUUUACUGACUAACAUACCGAAGAAGCUAUUUUUUGGUGUAGGAAAGACGCUUCGAGAAUUAUACCUAAGUUAUAAUGAAAUUUUUCAAAUCCCUAGAGAAGCAUUAAUAAGUUUAGAAAAGCUUGAAAUAUUGGAUUUAUCUUAUAAUCAUAUAUCUGAUAUUUACAAUGAUGAUUUUUUUGGAAUAAAACAAACUCUUAAAAUUUUGAAUCUUGCAGGAAAUUCCCUAACUCAUAUCAAUUUAGAUAGUUUUAAAGAUUUUGAGUUCUUGCAUACUUUAGAUCUUUCUUCAAAUAUGAUUAUUACUGUGCAUGAUAUGGCAUUUCAACAAGGAUCUAAUCAACUAAAGAAUAUUAAUCUCUCAAACAACCAGCUCAUAAAAAUUCCAUUUGCAGCAUUUGCUAAUUUAAAAAAUUUGCAAAUUUUAAACUUAAUGGAUAAUAGAAUUCAUGCUAUAUUUGAUUCACUUUUUCAAACAAAACUCUCUCUUGAUGAGUUAAAUUUAAAAAAUAACAUAAUUAAAUCAUUAUUACCUUUAUCAUUCCAAAAUUUUAAUUUUAUCAAUAAAACAUUUUUGACUGGGAAUCCAAUAGAGAUAAUUAACGAAAAUGCAUUUAAAGAUACAAAUAUUAAAGAAUUAUACAUAGACAACUGUGAAAUUACUACAAUACAUCCAAAUUCUUUUGAUGGGCUUGAUAAUAGUCUACAAGUAUUGGAUUUGCAUUUAAAUAACAUUUCUAUUUUCCCUCAGUCAGCAUUAAAAAUCUUGAAUAAGUUGAAGAAUUUAAAUAUUGCAGAGAACAGAAUUAACUUGUUCCCAAAUAAUGCAUUUCAAAAUAUUAGAAAAAACUUACAACAACUUGAUGUAAGUGGAAAGUAUAUGGUGACUCUAUCAUUUACAGAAUUAAGUUCUAUGUAUAAUAUGAGAAGAUUAAGUUUGAAUGGAAUCCAUGGAAAUAUAUUAAGUAAAGAAACAUUUAAAAUACUUGAAAAUUCCCAUCCAUUUGAAAAAUUGAGUCUUAAAAGGAAUGGAAUUUCCAGUAUUGAAAAUAAUGCUUUUCGCAAUUUACCAGGAUUACGGUUCCUCGAUUUAUCUUUCAACAGCAUUUCCAAUAUUCAACCAAUGGCAUUUAAAGACAUUGGUUAUUCUUUAGAAACAUUAUUCUUGCAUCAAGCAUUUUCACUAUCAAAACUGGAACCUGAACCAUUUAAAGAGUUAUCUGAAUUAUAUGAACUUGAUUUAAGUGCUAAUAAUAUUGUAUUUAUUCCAACUAAUACAUUUGCAUACAUGCAAAAAUUAAAAUUUCUCAAUUUAAAUCAUAAUCUUCUUACAGAAAUUACUCCUGAUCAUUUUCAAUAUGUCAAUAACCCAAAUUUAGAAAUUUUAAAAAUUUCUUUUAAUAAAAUUAAAAAUUUAAAACAGCAUACAUUUUCAAAUCUUCGCAAUUUAAAAUAUCUGGAAUUAAAUGAUAAUAAUAUACAAUUUAUUGAAAGUUUUUCAUUUGUUAAUCUUCAUUCAAUCACCCAUAUCAAUUUGGAAGGAAAUAAAAUAGAAGAAUUGGAAUCAGAAUCAUUCCAAAAUUUAAUAGAAAUUAAAUCAUUGAAUUUUGCUUAUAAUGAAAUGGAAAAUUUAAAUAUAGAUGCUUUUAAUCAAGUUGGGACUAUGUCUACUUUAAAAAUUGAUGUAAGUUAUAAUAAGAUUAAUAAACUAAUAAAAAAUGAUUCAAACUGGCAGCCAUUUCGUGAAAUUAAAGUAUUUGAUUUUACUGGAAAUAACAUAUCCUAUAUAGAUUCUUUUUAUUUAGACUCAAUGAAAUCUUCUCUCACAGAGUUAUCAUUAAGUUCUAAUAACUUGUUUAAUAUAACUGCAACAACUUUAGCAAAUCUUUAUCAUCUUCAGAACUUGAAACUUGAUCAAAAUUCUAUUAAUAUUAUUGAAGAGGAUGCACUAACAGGAAUGGAAAACCUAUUAUUAUUAAACAUUUCUCAUAACAACAUAAUAGAUUUGCAAGCAGAUAUUUUCCAAGAAAAUACAAAUUUACGAAUACUUGAUGUUUCAUAUAAUAUUCUACGUGGUUUACCAGAUGAUAUAUUUAAAAGAACAAAACUAGAAAUAUUAUCCAUUUCUCACAAUAAAAUGAUCCAUUUUCCACACGAAGCACUUCAAGCCAUCAACAAAACCUUAAAAUACCUUGAUCUUUCACAUAACAAGAUUCGUUUACUUCAUUUCGAUCAUAUGAAAUAUUUAGAAAAUCUAGUUUGGCUGGAUCUUUCAAAGAAUCAUUUUCGACAAAUUGAAGAAACCUCUUUAAGCUGGUUACCGAAACUUCUUGUGUUAAAUCUGUCUCACAAUCUUUUUCAACAAAAAUUUUACCAGACAUUAAAAACACUUCCAAAAUCCCUCCAUACAUUAGAUUUAGCUGGAACGAAUUUAUCAUUUAUUCCUGAUUUGAACCUCCCUAAAUUAUUAAAUCUAAAUUUAUCUUAUAAUCAAAUAUCAUUUUUAGAUUCUGGAAAGUUUUCUAAUUUAUCGACAUUACAUGUAUUAGAUCUGUCUUAUAAUAAUUUUUCGUUACCUUCUCAUCCUAAUAGUACUUGGCAAAAUCUCCCAUUUCUAAAGAAUCUUUAUCUUUCUGGUAAUCCUAUUUUAAAUUUAACGAAUGAUAGCUUUUUUGGAUUAAAUCAAUUAGAAGAAUUAUGCAUACAAGAUUUGCCACUUCAACACAUUCAAAUUGGUGUAUUUAAAUUAUUAAGAUCUCUUCAAAAAUUAGAAAUGAAUACAUAUUCAGAAAAUGAAUUAUAUGAUUUAGGUAAAAUAAUUUCAAAUAAUCAAGGAUUAAGACAUUUAAAACUGCAUGUACAAGAAAAUGAUUUUGAAUAUAAGAAAAAAUAUAAUUUCCCUAAAUCUCUUAAAACAAUAACAUUACAAGGAGAAAAACUUCAAUCAAUUAAUGACUUUUUCUUCGAAUCAUUGGAGAAACGAGAUUUAACAAUACAUAUUUAUAAUACAAACUUAACUGAAUUAUCGUCAAGAUUUUUUUAUAAUCUUGGCAAAAUAAUGAAGCUUAAGAUAGACGUAAAAAAUAAUAAACUGAAAAAAAUUGAAGAUGUAAGAAAUAAUCAUCAUUUCAAAUAUAUACAUCAAGUAAAAUUGCUUUCUCUGCUGUUAUCUGGAAAUCCUUGGAAUUGUGACUGUAAUUUAGCUUGGAUCAGAGAUUGGAUUAGAGAAAAAAACUAUAACAAUAUAGCAACUAAUUUCAAAAAUUCUGAUUAUCACAUAGAAAGUUUAAGACAAACAGAAUGUAUUAAUAAAAAUAAUCAAUCCAUUUUAGAAGUAUUGAAAACUGAUAUGAAUUGUUAUUUGUCUUUUCAGUCAAGCUCAGCUGUUAAUAUUUUUCUGUAUAAUAUAUUGUUAAUAAUAAUGUUUUCCUUUAGUAUUAUUGUAUAGAA